UCGCUGACUCUCUCCCAUUCUAUUCUACUACUUCACUCCAUCCCCUUACUCUUCCAUCUGCCUUCUUCUCUUCUUCUCAGCUCCCUCGACAAAAUAACAAAAAUAGGGGAUAAAAAUGCGGUUCCAUCUUCUUCUUCUGAUUCUCCUCUACCUCCUUAACAACCACCGAGUUGCCGGUAGGCCACUCCGCAUACCGGAAUACCGUGCUUUACUAUCCAUCAAAACCGCCAUUUCUGACGACCCCCAAGCUUCCCUUCCGAAUUGGAAUCUCUCCACCAGCCAUUGCACAUGGACCGGUGUCUCCUGCGACUCCUUUAAUCGAGUCGUUUCUCUUGAUCUCUCCAACAUGAACCUCUCCGGCAUUUUGUCACCUGACGUCGGCCAGCUUCGCAACCUCAUCAACCUAACCGCCGCCGCUAACUUCUUCUCUGGACCCAUCCCCUCGGAGAUCUCUCACAUCUCCGGCCUCCGUUUGUUGAAUCUCUCCAAUAAUGUCUUCAAUGGCAGCUUCCCUUCCGAGUUCUCUCGUCUCAAGUUGCUAGAAGUUCUCGAUUUGUAUAACAAUAACAUGACCGGAGAUUUACCUGUCGAUGUGUCUGAGAUGCCCAAUCUGCGACAUCUCCACCUCGGCGGCAACUUCUUCUCUGGACGAAUCCCGUCCGAGUACGGACGCUGGGAGUUCCUCGAGUAUCUAGCGCUUUCUGGUAACGAGCUCGGGGGUACUAUACCGCCCGAAAUCGGCAACUUAACCAAGCUUCAGCAGCUCUACCUUGGAUAUUACAAUAGCUAUGAAGGCGGUAUCCCACCGGAGCUGGGAAACCUCACGGAACUGGUUCGAUUGGAUAUGGCCAACUGUGGAUUGUCCGGUGAGAUUCCUCCUGAGUUCAGUAAGCUUCAGAAAUUGGACACAUUGUUUCUUCAGGUGAAUGGCCUCUCUGGGGGGCUUACGCCCGAGUUAGGGCAGCUGAAGAGCUUGAAAUCAAUGGAUCUCUCGAACAACAUGCUUGCGGGCGAGAUUCCAGCGACAUUUUCCGAGCUCAAGAACCUGACGCUGUUGAAUCUUUUCAGGAAUAAAUUACAUGGUGCAAUUCCCGACUUCAUUGGAGAUUUGCCGGCACUAGAGGUUCUGCAGCUUUGGGAGAAUAACUUCACUGGAAGUAUUCCUCAGGGGCUUGGAAAGAAUGGGAGGCUCCAACUGCUAGAUCUGUCGUCCAACAAGCUCACGGGAAAUCUCCCUCCCGAUCUGUGUUUUGGAAAUCGGCUUCAUACUCUAAUCGCUUUGGGCAACUUUUUGUUCGGUCCGAUUCCGGAAUCGCUGGGAAGAUGCAAAUCGCUGAGUCGGAUUCGGAUGGGGGAGAAUUUUCUUAAUGGUACUAUACCUAAGGGGCUUUUUAGCCUACCCAAUCUCGCUCAGGUAGAACUUCAGGAUAACUAUCUCGUCGGAGGCUUCCCGCAGACUGAUUCGAUCGCUGAGGAUCUUGGACAGAUAAGCCUUUCAAACAACCAGCUUACGGGUUCUCUUCCACGGUCCAUUGGCAACUUUUCUGGCGUCCAGAAGCUCCUCCUCGACGGGAAUUUCUUCUUCGGUAGCAUUCCAGCCGAGAUAGGAAGGUUACAGCAGCUAUCGAAAAUGGAUUUCAGCAAUAACAGGUUUUCCGGGCCGAUCGCUUCGGAAAUCAGCCAAUGCAAGUUGCUGACAUUCGUCGAUCUCAGUAGGAACGAGUUAUCGGGUGUGAUUCCACCAGAGAUGACAGGUAUGCGAAUUUUGAAUUACCUGAACCUAUCGAGAAACCAUCUUACCGGGAGCAUCCCAGCAUCAAUCGCAACUAUGCAGAGCUUGACUUCUGUUGAUUUUUCCUACAACAAUCUCUCUGGUUUGGUUCCUGGGACUGGCCAAUUUAGUUACUUCAAUUCGACCAGCUUCGUUGGCAACCCUGAUCUCUGUGGACCAUACUUAGGACCUUGCAAAUUUGGGGUGGGCAAUGGUACCCACCAAGGCCACGUUAAAGGCUCACUCUCUGCUUCAUUGAAGCUCCUCCUCGUCAUUGGUCUGCUUGUAUGUUCUAUUGCAUUUGCUAUUGCUGCCAUUUUCAAAGCUCGGUCGCUGAAGAAGGCGAGUGAAGCCCGUUCCUGGAAGCUCACCGCAUUCCAGCGACUGGAUUUCACCUGUGAUGAUGUUUUGGAUUGCUUGAAGGAAGAUAACAUCAUAGGGAAGGGCGGUGCUGGCAUUGUUUACAAGGGUGUCAUGCCUAAUGGCGACCAGGUUGCCGUGAAAAGGCUUCCAGCCAUGAGCCGAGGAUCAUCCCAUGACCAUGGGUUUAAUGCAGAGAUACAGACUCUGGGGAGGAUUCGACACCGCCACAUAGUGAGGUUAUUGGGGUUCUGUUCCAACCAUGAAACCAACCUUCUUGUUUACGAAUACAUGCCCAAUGGGAGUUUGGGUGAAGUUCUUCAUGGCAAGAAGGGUGGUCACUUGCACUGGGACACACGAUACAAGAUUGCAGUGGAGGCUGCCAAGGGGCUCUGUUACUUGCACCACGACUGUUCUCCCUUGAUCCUUCACCGUGAUGUGAAAUCAAACAACAUCCUCCUGGAUUCCAACUUUGAAGCUCACGUUGCAGAUUUUGGCCUCGCCAAGUUUCUGCAGGAUUCCGGCACCUCAGAGUGCAUGUCGGCAAUUGCUGGUUCAUAUGGUUAUAUCGCCCCAGAGUACGCCUACACGCUGAAGGUGGAUGAAAAGAGCGAUGUAUACAGCUUUGGUGUGGUUCUGUUAGAAUUGGUGAGCGGCAGAAAACCUGUUGGGGAGUUUGGAGAUGGAGUGGACAUAGUCCAGUGGGUUCGAAAGAUGACAGACUCAAACAAGGAGGGGGUUCUAAAGAUUCUUGAUCCAAGACUCCCAUCCGUUCCUCUCCAUGAGGUGAUGCAUGUUUUCUAUGUAGCAAUGCUGUGUGUGGAAGAGCAGGCUGUUGAGCGCCCUACAAUGCGGGAAGUUGUUCAGAUCCUAACAGAGUUGCCGAAGGCACCCAUCUCAAAACAAGGAAGCUCAGCAAUGACCGAGUCUUCUCCAUCAGCAGCUGCUACUGCUGGAGAGACACAGAGCACGUCAGCCAUCAGAGAAACAAAAGAACUGCCGCCUGUGCAACAGCCGCAACAGCAGCAACAACAACCAGCAGCAGCAAUAUCAGCACAGUCACCACCUCCUGAUCUCCUAAGCAUAUGAAGAUGGAUGGGUGUUGUGUUCUGUUUUACAUGAAUUGGGUUGGGUUAUCUUAUCCGGGUUAUUUUCUAUUUUUGUAACUUAAGUUGUUGAUGGUGAAGUUUUCUUUGUACAGAAGAAUUGGCGGGGGGGUUUUGUCAUAUUGGAUUUGGUCGUAAAUUAUGCAUUAUAUUAGUUACUGUUGCUGCCACUGUCA